CCUACAAAUGCCGGUGCAGAUGUAGGUACCUGCAGAGCUUUUGCGCACCUGGCGCACCUGCGAUAGAAUCGAGGUUUUCCUGCCACCCCUGGAGGGUGCAAUGAAGGCUGCUGUUCGCAGCACGCGACAGUUGUUUUAGGAAGUUUCAUCGCAGAACGUCAGACCUCAAGUUGGGUCAUACUGAAAAUAGUCGUUAAUAAAACAGCGUCGCGUCUGUUUUCCCGGAUUGAGAAAAAGGCAAAUGCAAUCCUUAAUUAACUCGAGGCUGAAAUUAUGACGCCGUUUUACGACUCUCAGGAUUUCUACAAGAAGAUGAUCGAGCUGCAGGAAAGGCUGCGGAAAAGCGAAGAGGAGAAAAUGAAGCUGGAGGAAAGAUUCAAUUUACUCUCACAGGAUUCUCGUAAUAGACGAGAAGCCUGUAUCAACAAUCUUAGAAUGAGAUACAUCGAGUUUCUCGAAGAACAGCGUCUUCGGGACGAAAGAAAUCACGAAAUUCUAGGAGCGCUAGACAAAAUUGACGGUAGUCUAGCACGCAUGACCGCCAGGACCGAUCGUUUGGGAAUUUUACGGAAACAGUAUGAAGCCUAUUUGCUACGUCUGUAUGCGAAUCGAAGUGCAGGUGGAACUGGCGACAGCGGCGUCGGCAGCCACAACGAAGAGAAACCAUCGAAAACCGGUGUGAAACAGACAAAAAAAAACCCAUGUCCACCGCAAAACGCUACAUACAACCCUCCAACUUUCAUUCCGCAGACAAAUUAUCCUCAGAGUUAUCUCGGCUCUUCGAACACGUCGCAGUUCAACGUCCCGAAGUACACAGGGGGUCAAGAAAUUCAUCCAGAAGUUGAGGUUUUCCAAAAAAGUGGUCAAGGCGAUGGUCUUAAGGUUGCGCAAUCCGGCUACACACCGCAGCUCUUCUGCGGUACUAAAAAUUUGAAUUUGCAAAACAUUCCCACAGCCCAAACGCAGUUAGUAAAACAGUCUCCUGACCCUCAAUUCCCAAGACCGAAUCACCAGUUUGCAUCUUCGACGAGAUUCCACGACGUUUCCAAUCCGUAUCUAGAGGAGAAUCCACGCUCACCUUAUCUGGUCGAUCAGGUUGAUCCAUCGAUGGUUGGCCGGAGGUCUGGCAGAACGAAUGCGAGGAUGGUACCGGAAUUUUCGAUCGACUUAACAGAAGAUAAUUUUGGGCCUUACAGACACAGCACGCCGCUUCCUGGUUACUUGGACUACUCGACUCGGUACUCGAGAAACCCUUCAGGACAUGAAGCAAUGAACCUUGGUCUCAGGCCCGCAUUCAACAGAGCCGAUUUGGAGAACGUUGUUCAUAAGAACGAGCAGAUCUUACCCAGGGAUUACCUUCACAAUCCAGAGACCGUUAAGCCUUCUUUGUAUACCUCGAAGUUGUCUUCGGGGAAACGAGGAACGGUGGAUCACAACCCGAACGGAGAAACGCGAGAGGAUGAUCUUGAUCAGUACAUAAACAGAAUUCGGAGUCUCCAUCGGGAGAAUAAUGAAAGUUUGGAAGCGCUUGACAUUGAACAAAACACUAGUGGAGAUCUACUCAAUGUUAGUCUGUCGGAAGAUGGACCGUUGGAACCCUUAGUGCUUCACUCGGACGAUAAAAUCAAACUGAAAAAGAUUGAUGUACCAGCACUUGCGGAUAAUUUUGCGACGGUAAUUACAGCGGACUUCUCAAACGAUCGCGAUAUUUCUAAUUCCAAGUUGCAGGAAAUGAUGAACAACAAGAAUUUUGUCGUAAAGCCAAAGCUUGUCGAAUCAAACGUCGUUAGUCAUGCGGCAUUGGAGUCUGAUGUGACACUUGACGAUUUAUCAAUUUCUGCGACAAGAGAUGACAUACUUUCGAAAACAGCUUCUCUCGACGUAAGCCAUAUCCAAGAUAUGUCUGCAAUGGCCAGUGAUAAAUUUAGACCGAAGGUUGCGCCACCGAUCACAGAUUUAACAGCUACGGAUUUAAAUAUCGAAGAAGUUGCGACAAUGUCUAAAAAUAGCCCUGCUGAUCUAAAUGUACUUUUGCCAAAUAAACUUGGCGAAAUUCAGAUGUCAAACUCCGCCCGAGAGGAAUAUUUAAAUACGUUGGAAAAGAGCCGCAAUUUUGACGAAAAAUCUGCCGCGGAGAAACCAACGCUCGACAACGUCCCGACGAGAGCUGACGAUUUUCCACACGAGGAGACUGAAGUACACGAGGACAUCGAAGGAGACAAAGUGACCCUGAUCGAACCGGAACAACUUAACGAACAAGUAAUCGACGUCGUCAAGGAAUUGCGGCCACCUAGUUUGCAGCACUACGAGAAAAACAUUGUCGAAGUUCACGUUGAUGAUGAAGAUAAGAAAGAUAAUAAUGCGCCAAAAAUAGUGCCUGACAAUGAUUCCAGAAACCAAAUCACUGUGUUAGACGUACCCGAGCACGAUGAAAAGCAAUUUGAAGUGAGUCAAGACGCGUCGUAUCAGGAUGACGCACUGGAGAGACAAUUCGUGCAAAAUCCAGGUCAGGAAUAUUCUAAUUACGACCACCACGCAAUCCAAAACCUUCCCCAAGACGUCCAUGAAAGUCUUGACACCGGUCAAAGGGUUGAGCAGAAUCCUCAACAGUCAUACGAUCCUGUUACGAACGAGCAGCUAGAUUACGACGAGAAACCAAGAGACGAUGAAUCUGCUCAGGUGGAGCAGUCUUACGGUCCUGAACCUAAUCAGCUGUACGAUUCCAACCAAGUCUAUAACACUGAUCAACAAUACCAUCCGGAUCCAACGCAACAGUACGCACAAGAAUCAAAUCCACAUGAUCAAUAUGGACAGUAUCCAACUGAGCCCAACCAACAAUACGUGGCUAAUUCUAAUGAACAGUAUAGACAUGAUUCUAACGAACAGCACAUGGCUGAUUCUGAUGAACAGUACGUAGUUGAUCCCAACGAGCGCUACACAACUGAUCCGAACGAACAGCCUUUAGCUGAUCCAAGUGAACAGUAUUCGGGUAACUUGGAUGAAAAUUAUGCUACUGAUCCAAACGCACAGUACGGUUACUAUGACGAUAAAUCGUACCAGAAUGACCAGAACACAGCGUACGAUAAUGCUGGAAAUGAACAGUACGAUUACGGGGAUAAUCAAGGCUACGAACACGAUCCAAAUCAGCAGUAUGAACAAGACCCAAGUCAGCAGUAUGUACAAGAUCCAAAUCAGCAGUAUGAACAGGAUCCAAAUCAGCAGUAUGAACAAAAUCCAAGUCAGCAGUAUGAGCAAGAUCCAAAUCAGUAUGAACAAGACCCAAAUCAGCAGUAUGAACAAGACCCAAGUCAGCAGUAUGUACAAGAUCCAAAUCAGCAGUAUGAACAGGAUCCAAAUCAGCAGUAUGAGCACGAAUCUUACGCGCAGGAUACUGACCAAGAAUACAAAGAGGAAGGAUAUGGAGAAAAUCAGGGCUAUGAUCCAACCGGCUAUGAAGAGUCAGAACAACAUGGCAAUCCGGAGGUUGGUGGUGAUCCGCAAGAAAUUUAUCAGGAUCGUAACGUAAAUUUGGAAUCGUCCGAACAGAAUUGUCCCGCUGUCGAUACCGAUAAAAGCAACAGGACAACAAGUCACGAGAUAGCAGAGUUCGAUGAAACCAGGGUAAAAGAUCAUUCUGUAGAAGAGAAAAAGAAAGAUAAGGACGUGAUUAGGGCUCUAUUAGAAUCGGACACCGAGAGUACCAUUGAAAGAAAUCCUUCGAACAACACGGAAAGUGAUUUCGACUUUAACUAAUGUCUAAUAAUUGUUCCGUUCAGAUUCCCUUUAUUCCAAGUAUCUAUAAUUAUUUGUUCAUCAUACCGUUACACAGUGAAAAAGAGUAUUUAUUGUAUAUAUAUUUAUGUAUGGAGAUAUGAUAUUUAUCAAUAAAUGUUACAGCCAGUCUCAAAAGAGGCUGUCAACCACA